AUGUCGUCACCGAGCAGAGCUAUCAUAGGAGAUAUGGCAGUAACGAAGAUCGGAAAAGAAGGGAACGUAACGCUUUCUUAUCCAUUACUCACAAAGAGUAACUACUCGGUGUGGGCGUUGAAGAUGCGUGUGAACCUACAAGCUCAAGGAGUGUGGGAAGUCGUGGAGCAAGACGAGGUCGAAGAGCGUAAGGAUAGAAUGGCUCUCGUCGCCAUCUAUCAAGCUCUACCGGAGGACGUUCUUCUAAUGGUGGCAGAAAAGGAUUCCGCCAAGCAAGCAUGGGAGACACUGAAGACGAUGCACGUCGGCGUGGAGCGAGUCAAGGAGGCGAAAGUGCAGACCUUGAGGACUCACUUCGAGGCAAUCCGCAUGAAGGACGGAGAGACGGUGGACGAUUUCGCCAUGAAAUUGACGUCCAUUGUGACAGUCUCCGUCGUCAAAAAGUUCCUUCGAGCCGUACCACAAAAAUACAUGCAGAUCGUCACCGCGAUCGAGCAAUUCGGUGACCUCAAAAACAUGACCGUCGAGGAGGUCGUCGGUCGUCUCAAAGUCCACGAAGAGAGGCUUCGCGGCUACGAAGACCAAGAGGAGGAGAAGCACCUCUUGCUCACGCAUGCAGAAUGGAUGUCACGAAUGAAGAAAAACGGAGAAACCGAUUUUUCUUCCGGAUCGUUGAGUAGUGGCGGCAACGGUGGAGAUAACCGAGGUCGUGGCAAAGGGCAGGGUCGAGAUGGAGAAAGCUCACCUCAACAAGAAGAUAUCAAACCUCGCAAAGACAAGAGCACAGUGAAGUGUUACAAUUGUCAAAGGUACGGACACUACACGUCCGAAUUUCGUAGCUAG